CUUCACCACAACCAAAAAGGAUGAGCUUCUCCUGAUCUGCCCCGCAGGAAGAAGGGUUCGGCGCCGCCUCCUCUCCACCGCUUCGUCCCCCGCCGUCGCGUGCCACCGCCGAGCGAGGAUAAUCGGAGCAGAGAUGCUCAAGUUCCUGUCCAAGGUGGUGGUGGAGUACAACCCGCUGGACCCGCGCAAGGCGGCGGCGGUGGAGCUCCUCGCGCAGUGCAACGGCCGCAAGGCCAAGGACUCCAACCCAGCCUGCUCCGUCGAGCUGCGCCGCCUGCCCACUCCGCCGGAAUCCGAGGACCCCAAGGCCCAGCCGCCCCCGCGCGUCCUCGUCACCUACGUCAACGGCUCCGAGGAGGCCUUCGUCGCCGCUGACGGCGCCACCGCGCAGGGCAUGCGCGACCAGAUCCUCUCCCGAGGCCGCCUCCUCGAGACCGAGCAGCUCUUCCGUGAGGCCGGGGAGAAGUGGCCCGUCGUCAUCCCUGAGGAGGAGCUCGGAAUGUCGUUCCCCGGGAUCAAGCCAAAGAAAGCAGAGGAGAAGCCCCAGGCUUAGUGAUCAAGGCAGAGCUCUUUCGAUCCUGUGUGGUUAACUAGCAGAACUGUACUCACAUAAAUGUACCGGAAGAGAACUCCCCACAUUUGGGUAGUUGUCUUCAAGUUGUUCAUUGGCUAGUUCAGGUUCAGGGGAUGUCCCUUUUUUCUUGUCAUUUCGCGGAACAUGCCAAUGUUGACAGGGGCCAUUUGGUGACUCGUUUAGAUUGUUGAUUUGCAAUGAGAUAUACCAUUGUAACCCUUUUACUGUACGGCUAGCUUAGAACCACUUCAUUCAGAAUAAGCUUGCUCGCUACUCUUGUAGUGGUGUUCGCUGCUCA